GCACCUCCUCCACCUCCAGCAGCACUCUCAGCAGCGGGCCUGCGAACGCUUCAGCUGCAAAACAACCACCGUUUUUUUCUCGCACUUUUUGGUCAAUAAAUCUUCAAAACGUCGUAUACAAUGAGAGGAGACCGCGGCAGAGGCCGGGGAGGGCGCUUUGGGGCCCGAGGAGGACUGGUGCAGGGGUACCGGCCGUUUGUCCCACACAUCCCCUUUGACUUUUACGUGUGUGAGAUGGCCUUUCCACGGGUAAAACCUGCUUCGGAUGAGACGGCCUUCAGCGAGUGUCUGCUCAAGAGGAACCAGGAUCUGAGCCCGACUCCAGCUGAGCAGUCGUCCAUUUUGUCUCUGGUUACUAAAAUCAAUAAUGUCAUUGACAAUCUGAUUGUUGCACCAGGCAACUUUGAGGUGCAAAUUGAAGAAGUUCGUCAGGUUGGCUCCUACAAGAAGGGUACAAUGACAACUGGCCAUAAUGUAGCUGACCUGGUAGUGAUUCUCAAGAUCCUCCCCACAUUGGAGGCUGUAGCUGCACUGGGGAACAAAGUGGUGGAGACACUGCGUGCCCAGGACCCAACAGAAGUGUUGUCCAUGCUAACCAAUGAGACGGGAUUUGAAAUCAGCUCUGCAGAUGCUACAGUGAAGAUACUUAUUACCACUGUUCCUCCAAACCUGCGCAAACUGGACCCUGAGCUCCACCUGGACAUUAAGGUUCUCCAAAGUGCUCUGGCUGCAAUCCGUCAUGCUCGCUGGUUUGAGGAAAACGCCUCUCAGUCGACGGUGAAGGUGCUGAUCCGACUGCUGAAGGACCUGCGCCUGCGUUUCCCUGGCUUCGAGCCACUCACUCCCUGGAUCCUGGACCUGUUGGGACAUUCUGCUGUAAUGAACAACCCCUCCAGACAGCCACUCUCUCUCAACGUGGCUUACAGACGCUGCCUGCAGAUGCUGGCUGCAGGCCUCUUCCUCCCUGGAUCUGUAGGGAUAACAGAUCCAUGUGAGAGCGGAAACUUCCGGGUCCACACGGUCAUGACCCUAGAGCAGCAGGACAUGGUGUGCUUCACGGCUCAGACUCUGGUUCGAGUCCUGUCUCAUGGAGGCUAUAGGAAGAUCCUGGGACUAGAGGGAGACGCCAGCUACCUGGCUUCAGAGAUGUCCACGUGGGACGGAGUCAUCGUCACUCCCUCUGAGAAGGCGUAUGAGAAACCUCCAGAGAGGAAGGAGGAGGAGGACGAGGCUCUGGAAGAGGGGGGUGAUGCGGAGGAAGAGAGCAUGGAGACCCAGGAGUGACUGGACCAAAAGGGGAUCAGAGCAAAUAUCAUUUUAAGUUUUAUUCCUGUGUUUAUUUGACUUGUUGUUACAUUUGUUUAUGAAUGUAGUGAUCUCAAUAAAUUUCUUUUUUUUUUUUUACUU